UCAAAGUGCUAUCUUAAAAACUUUAUCUUAUUACUUGACAGCUGGCGUUGGCGUUAUGGCUAAAUUAUGCACAUUGCAACUCUUUUCGAUCUUUAGACAGAUAUAUUCAUGUGCCAUUGGUGUUCAAGACACAGACAAGUCUCAAAGCAAUCACUGGGGUUCUCAAACUGAAACAAAUUCUCCGUGGGGAGUUAAAGCAGACAAGCCUCAAACUGAUUCUUGGUCUCAAAACGUUCCCUGGGGUUCUCAAACUGAAACAAAUUCCCACUGGGGUACUAAAGUAGACAUGCCUCAAAAUGAUUCUUGGGGUUCUCAAAAUACAGACAAGUUAGACAAGUCUCAAACUAAACCAAAUUCUCAUUGGGGUGCUCAAGUCACAGAUAAGACUCAAAAUUGUUCCUGGGGUUCUCAAACUAAAACAAAUCCUCCCUGGGGUGUUAAAGCGGACAAGCCUCAAACUGACUCUUGGGGUUCUUCUCAAAGUGCUAAAGCCGAUAAGCCUCAAACUAAUUCUUGGGGUUCUCAAACAGUUAAUAAAUCGCAAGCUGAUGCAAAUUCAUCCUGGGGUGUUAAAUCUAAUAAGUCUCAAAGUGAUCACUGGGGUUCUCAAACCGCAAAUAAGUCGCAAUCAGAAACAAAAUCAUCUUGGGGUGCUAAAGCCGACAAGUCUCAAAGUGAUAAUUGGAGUUCUCAAGCUGCUAACAAACCACGAGCUAAUAUAGAUAAGACUCAAAAUAAUCCAAGGAAUUCUAAGUUACAAUCCGAAACAAAUUCAUCUAGGGGUGUUAAAGCCAAUAAGUCUAGAAGUGAUUCCUGGGGUUCUCAACCUGCAAAUAAGUCAGAACCAGAAACAAAUUUAUCCUGGGGUACUAAAGCAGACAAGUCUCAAAAUGCUCCUUGGGGUUCUCAAUCUGAUAAAUGGGGCUCUCAAGCCGCUAACAAAUCACAAACCGAAACAAAUUCAUCCUGGGGUGUUAAAGCCUAUAAAUCUCAAAGUGAUCUCUGGGGUUCUCAAACUGCAGAUAAGACACAAUCCGAAGCAAACACAUCUUGGAGUGUUAAAGCCGAUAAGUCUCAAACUGACACUUGGGGUGGUUCUCAAGCCGCUAACAAGUCACAAACCCAAGCAAAUGCACCCUGGUGGUAG